AUGUCAAAAGCGCCGAAUGGAACGUUUAGUGACGCACAGCUUCAGGCAGUCAAUGCAUUUACCGAGGCACACUCUCUGCUCGAAGUGAUGCUGAGGAAGUUCUAUGCGGUGGAGCGAAAAUCAGGGGAUCCCUUUUUGCUUAGAGUAGUAGUAGCUGGUAAAAAGAACGAAAAUGCCAGUCGUUCAGCCGGAUUAUUUCUGUCAGAACUCUUGGAUAAGGCGGUAGAAACUAGUGAGAAUCCUUUAUCUGAGAAAAGCACCACGAUGAUGAAGCCUUCCGGGUUGUUGAUUGAAUAUGAUACUCAUUUUAUUGAGCUUAUUGAAGGAGUUGAAAGGCACAUCAUCCUUUUUUUAAAGCUUUUGGAAAAACACUGCGCAGAAAAAGAAGAGGCUAGUUGUUCUGAUGUACGGAUAUUAUAUUUUGUUGAUGAUGUCCACUCUUCAUCAUCAGCCUCGUUUCAUUAUAUUGACAAGGUGCCUGCCAUGAGUACAGAGGACGAGAUUCAGGAGAAGACGGAGGAAGAGAUCGCUAACAUGAUUGUAGAGGAUCUUCAUAACUUAAUGAAGCUCUUGGAUAUGGCGGCAGGUGAACCAAGCAGCAAACGCAAAUUGUUAUUGGACAACCUUAGGGUUACUCAUCCUCUACUUUUCCCCCGCAUAUCAUCGAUCAACACAUAUCUAGGAGGGGAUCUCUGUCUUACACUUUCAGAGUGCGUUAGUUUGUUUGGAAAACUGCCAGAGUUGACAAGAGAUAUUGAGUUAAAUCAUCCUGUUGAAGACCCAUUAAAAUAUUGA